CGCAGGGUUCCGGUGACCUGCAGCAUCACCAGCAGCCGGAGUCCCGGGCGGAGCACGAGGCCGCGUAGAUCUCAGCGGAGGCGCUUGGGUGUCCUCGCCCUUUGGAAGAAACUUCGGAGGGGCUCGCCGCAGCCUGGACUGUUGUGCUGACUGCUGGGACGUGAUAAACAAGAUAAGCGGGCCAUUUGCCCUCAAAACUCAAGCCUGGAAGCAGGUGUGUGUUGAAGCCAGCUUCCCUGAGAUCACAGCUGUCCGCAAGCAACUAAUCCCUCCUGGUUUUAACCUUCAACAAGGCAGUCGGGGAACAAUAUGAAUCGGCCAGUGGAGAGAAGGGCCAGGACUGGUGGCCAGAAAGGCCAGGGUGGACGAGUCCUCGAUGGAGCAAAACCAGAGCAGCCUUGGGCAAGCUCAGUCUCUGUAGCAGAAGUGGAACCAGUUCCUGUGACCUGGGCCCCAUGUGACAGAGGCUCCUGCCCCGAACCUAGCCCUCAAGCCAGUGGAGAGGAGGAACCCCCUGACUGCUACAUAGAGUGUGUAAUAACAGGUCAGUUUUCUGAACCCAGCCUGAAAGAAGCUUUCCUUCUUAGAUCCUUUGAAAACCUAAGCGAAUGUUCUUUGGGAUACAUGAAAGAUGAUGCGAAGCAAAAGCCCCUCCCACUGAGGUGGGCUGAAGAGGAUGCACACCUCUGGGAUUCCAAGUACAUGGCAAGCAAGAAGUCUCCUGCUGGGGGAGUCCCUGGCACUGACCUGUCAGGUCCUAAGGAGCUCAGAGAAUUUGCUAAUAAGAAGCUCCCUCAAGAUGAAGACCAGGGCGCUCCAGAGACACUCCCUUGUCCUCACAUUGGAUGCACAAAGAGGCUGCGGAAUAAAACCUCCCUGCGGAAGCACCUUGUGCUGCAUGCGCCCCGACGCUUCGUGUGUGCAGAGUGUGGGCGCGCCUUCUAUGAGAGCAGCAAGCUGUCCCGCCACUUCCUGGUGCACACAGGUGAGAGGCCCUUCCAGUGCACCUUUGCAGGCUGUGGGAAGCGCUUCGCCCUGGAUUUUAACCUCCGCACCCAUGUGCGCAUCCACACUGGGGAGAAGCUCUUCGUCUGUCCCAUCCAGGGCUGUUCCUCGAAGUUUGUACAGUCCGGCAACCUCAAAUCUCACAUUAUAACUCAUCAAAAGGUGAAAAAGAACCAGGACCGGGUCCUCCAACAGGAUAAGCAUUAACAGUGAUUGUAGGAAGCAUUGCAGCCCUGGAAGGUGUAUUUUUAGUUUUAUUUAGCUGCUCUGUACUUCGUGAUACUGUUUGAAAAAUGCUGAGUAUUCUACUGUGUAUGUAUAUCAGAGAGUCAGGACAAAUAUACUCCAAAAGCGUAAUGUAAGUAUUAGAGUUACUGGAUAUAAUACUUAUUUUUGCUUGCUAUCCACAUGAAAAUAAUUUUGCAGUUUCCAGUUGUGACUUUUACCUUUGAGAAAUGUACUUUUGGGAAUGGGGAUUUAGCUCAGUGAAUAAGCCCCUGUCUGGCAAGGGAAAAAAAUGUACUUUUGAAACAGAUGAUGAUUAUCUCAGAGAACGAGUAUUUUGCAAUAGAGAGUCAAUUAGUGGAUAAAUGUUUAUGAUCUUGAUCAUUGUAUCAAAUUAUGUUGAAGUUAUGAGUGGUUGAUACUGUUAACCCAUUUGAAUUUAUCCUAGAAUUUCAAAAUAAAAGGAUAUAAAAUGUAGAGGUAUGCUAAACCUGAAUUCAGGUUUGCAUUAAAAAGACACUCCCUUUUUGAAAAAAAAUUGUUCUUAAAAAGUAGUAAAACAUUGCAAAAACUUAGUAUUGGUGAAACAUGGACAGAAAGUCCAAGGUAGAUUUAUUAUUCGUGGUAGAUUAAAAUGCCCAUUGUGACAACCACUUUGAAAGUUGUUUUGCAUAAGUACCCUAUUAGUUUCCUACAGCUGCCACGGAGUGACAAAACCUGGGUGUCUUAAACAAUUAGUUCCAGAGGUGACUUGGCCAAAAAUCAAGCAGUCAGUAAGAUUGGCUUCUUCUGAGGACCAGCUUUGGAAGGAAUCUGCCAGGCUUGCCACCUUGGCUUGUGGUAAACAUCUCUCUGUGUGACAUGCCACUCUUCCUGUUUUCCAUCUUGUCCAUCUGGGCCUGUUUCUGCUCAGAUUUCCCCUAACAAGAACACUACUUAUUGGAUUGAAACCCUGCUAAUGACUCCAUCUUACCUAGAUUGCCUCUCUAAAGACCCCUUCUUCAAAAAGGUCACUCUCUGAGGUCUUAUGAGCUAGAAUUUGAAUGUGUGAAUUUGGAAGGGACACACAAAUGCACAAGUACAUUAUUUUAGAUUCAAUUUUUUUCUAGAAAUAUGUGAGCUAUAUAAGUAUUUUUCCAGGUUAUUAAAUGAAUCAGUUUUGAUAGUAAUAAAUUCAUGACCAGUGUCCACUAAGAAACAGUUUGCAUCCAUCAGGCUAGUGGUAUUAAAUGGAAAAUGUACAUUUUCAAUUUCUACAAAAGAUAGGAAAGAACCACACUUAGAGGGAAACCACAGAAUAAAGUUUGUUUUCCACAGACAGGAUCUGGUGAAAACUGGGCUUAUAUUCUUUGGAAGAAAAUUCAUUCAAGUGGCUAAAUAUGUGUGAGAAGGAAUCACAGGUGGCUGAUAUAAAUACAAUCCCAUCUAUUUUCAGGAUUUUAACUUACUAUGUAUGAUUGUGAGUCUUGGAAUCACUUUAUCCUGGACAUUAAAUACACAAGCCAUCAAAUUUUGAAUGCAUUUUCUACUCUAUUGAUACUAUAAAUGAUUAACUAUGGUAUAAUUAAAAUAUCAUAAAAUCAAGAAUAGUUAACAUUUAGUUGUAAUAGUCAGAGCUUCUUAGAAGUUACGCUAAUACUAUUUAAAAUCUGUCAGAAGUGAAUCUUGGGUCUCUGAGAGAGAAAAUGAGCACAUAAUUCAUUUGCAAAUUCAAAAUUACCUCUAAGUCAAUUGAACUCCAGAGAACAGAAUUUUAAGAUUGGAAUUUGAUCAAGAUGAUGGAGCAUAUGUUCAGUUUUUGCUUUGGCUAUACUAGGAUUUGGUCCUCUGGAUUUUGACGUUAGGGUUGAACUAGGACUUCAUACCUCUGGAGACAUCAAAACAAGCAGGUUUUGGGCUACUGUAAGCUCUGGACUGGGAGGAAAGGCAGCAUGAGGGAUCAAGAUUAGCUCUCUCUGGUCAGAUGUAUAAAUCUCCUUCUGGAGCUGAAGUAUCCAAAACCUAUUGUAUAAUAUACAAUUGUAUCUGAAUUUUGAGACUUACUUAAAUCCUGAUUUAGGAAGAGGAUGUGUAGUUACUUAGUGAGUUUCCUAGAUGUGUGUCAUUUUUUUCUUUUCUAGAAAAGAAAUAACACUGCUAAGAUUGUAAAAGGAAAAAGGCAAAUAGAAGCAAUGGAAAAAGAAAAAUCCCACUUCAUGUCUUCUCAUAUUAUUAGUAUU